GGUAGUUCCUUGGAGCCUUCCCUGAUCCUCCUUGGGAUCCCCAGAGAGCACUCGUGGGUUCAGCUCCUCCUCACAGACGAGGCAGCCACCUAGAUCAUGGCUUCCCUAUAUGGACUUCUAACCUUCCUGUCAGCCACAGAGCUGCUCCUGGCCAUCACCACCUUCUGCCUUGGAUUCUGGGUGGUCAGAGCCACAAGGACCAACAUCCCUAAAGGCCUGAAGACUCCACCUGGACCCUGGGGCUGGCCCAUCAUUGGGCACAUACUGACCCUGGGGAAGAACCCACAUCUGUCCCUGGCCACGCUGAGCAAGCAGUAUGGGGACGUGCUGCAGAUCCGCAUUGGCUCCACGCCUGUGGUGGUGCUGAGUGGUUUGGACACCAUCCGGCAGGCCCUGGUGAAGCAGGGAGAUGACUUCAAGGGCCGACCAGACCUCUACAGUUUUAAUUUCAUCAGUAAUGGGCAGAGCCUGACUUUCAACCCAGACUCUGGACCAGUAUGGGCUGCCCGGAGGCGCCUGGCCCAGAAUGCCUUGAAGAGUUUCUCCAUAGCCUCAGACCCAGCUUCUGCAUCCUCUUGCUACUUGGAGGAGCAUGUGAGCAAGGAGGCAGAAUACCUCAUUAUCAAGUUCCAGAAGCUGAUGGCGGAGGAUGGCCACUUCGACCCUUAUAGGUAUUUGGUGGUGUCAGUGGCCAAUGUCAUCUGUGCCAUGUGCUUUGGUCGACGUUAUGACCAUGAUAACCAAGAGCUGCUUAGCAUAGUCAAUCUGAGCAAUGAGUUUGGGGAAGUUACUGCCUCUGGAUUCCCAGCUGACUUCAUCCCUGUCCUCCGCUACCUACCUAACUCUUCCCUGGAUGCCUUCAAGGACCUGAAUAAUAAGUUCUACAGCUUCAUGCAGAAGUUAAUCAAGGAGCACUACAGAACAUUUGAGAAGGGCCACAUCCGGGACAUCACAGACAGCCUCAUUGAGCACUGUCAGGACAAAAAAUUGGAUGAGAAUGCCAAUGUCCAGCUGUCAGAAGAUGAGGUCAUUAGUGUCGUCUUUGACCUCUUUGGAGCAGGGUUUGACACAGUCACCACUGCUAUCUCUUGGAGCCUCAUGUACCUGGUGACAAACCCUAGGGUACAGAGAAAGAUCCAGGAGGAGCUAGACACAGUGAUUGGCAGGAAUCGGAGACCCCGACUUUCUGACAGACCUCAGCUGCCCUAUCUGGAGGCCUUCAUCCUGGAGACUUUCCGACAUUCAUCCUUCAUUCCCUUCACCAUCCCCCACAGCACCACGAGAGAUACAAGUCUGUGUGGCUUCUAUAUCCCCAAGGGACGUUGUGUCUUUGUGAGCCAGUGGCAGAUUAACCAUGACCAGGAACUGUGGGGUGACCCAAACAAUUUCCGGCCUGAAAGGUUUCUCACCCCCAGUGGCACUUUGGACAAGGUCCUCAGUGAGAAGGUCAUUCUCUUUGGAUUGGGCAAGCGGAAGUGCAUUGGGGAGACCAUUGGCCGAUGGGAGGUCUUUCUCUUCCUGGCCAUCUUGCUGCAGCAAAUUGAAUUCAGCGUGUCACCGGGGGAGAAGGUGGACAUGACUCCUAUCUAUGGACUGACUUUAAAGCAUGCCCGCUGCGAGCACUUCCAAGUGCAGAUUCGGUCUUCUUGACCUCAGCUUCUCCAACCUUAGACUGCCUUAUAUGGUCACCAGAUUGGGGGCUUGUUCCAGGGAUUUAACUACAGCCAGAAACACCAAUUCUGGGGAAUCAUGACUGCCUCAUAUUUUGGAGUUACUUCUCUAUAUACUGACCACAGACAGCGGGCACAGCAGAGGCCCACAGGAAUUUCAGAGCCUCCCCAAGUUCAGCAUCAGCUAGGAGGCCUGAAAAGUUAAGGAGGUCCAUGGAAAACUUGCGAAGAGCUCUCUGGGUUCUCGAGUGGCUGUCCUGUUUGAAAAAUGCUUUGAGCAGGUCAUGCCAGCACCUUUUGGGUUUCUUUGACAAUUGAGAUCUACCCAGAAUAGAUGGAGAAGAUGGCUCAAAAUACUGCCACAGAGGUGUGCUUGUCAUUCGCUAAUGCUGAGCAACCUUCCCACAUAGGUCUAGGACUCCGCCUAUCGGGAUCACCUUUAUUUAUUCUACAUAGAAAUAAAGAAGGUACCCCUGUGCUUGCAACACCCCUAUUCCUGUUCAGAAAUGCUGGCUCUUGUAUCUAGGAAGAUCCAAGAACAGAGGGACAGACUCUCUGGGCAGUAGGACCAGGUCCAGAGCAAAGGGAUGAUUUUUGAGACAGAGUCUCAUGUAGCCCACACUGCCUUUAAACUUACUGUGUAGCCAAGGAUGGCCUUGAAUUCCUUGGGGUUCUUUUGUUUGUUUGUUUGUUUGUUUGUUAUUUUCCUGUUUUACCAACCUACCAAGUGCUAGGAUACAGUCAUGGAUCACUACACCAGCUCUUGGUCUCUCUUCUUUGCUGUAUAAAAUGUUCAUUUAAGAAAUGUUUAUACAUAAGUUUUUUUUUUAUUUUGGCCAGUAUUUUGCUUAUGCAUUUAUAUUAGUCAUAUCUUAAGAGCUUUAGAUCAAUACACUUAAUGCCACAUAGAAAACCCC